AUGCCCACACCGUCCGAUACCCAGGAAAUCAUCAGCAACCUCAAGUCGGUGCUCCUCGAGGUCAAUGGACAUCCAUACCCAGAGGUCGCAUGUCCAGAUGGCGUGCCCAAACGCGCCUCUGUAGCCCUCAUCCUACGUGUACAGCCCAGGUACUCACAUUGGCCCACGUCCUCAGAGAACGCGUCGCCUACUUUUUUUCCAGACUCACCGACCAAGCGCCGUCGCUCUUCCGUAACCUCAAGCCACAAGCUGAACUUUGAAGAUAAGCUUAAUGCCUUCUUCGAACAGGACUGGGUGAAACAUGGUGAUCCUGAGCUCCUAUUCAUCAAGAGAGCAGCGCGAAUAGGUGACAAAUGGAACGGCCAUGUCGCGCUGCCCGGCGGAAAGCGAGACCCAGAGGACGCCGAUGACGCGGUCACAGCUAUGCGAGAAGCCCACGAAGAGGUGGGCAUAGAUCUCAGCGACGGUAAUGCAAUAGAGCCGACCGAAGUGGCCUCCUCCCACUGGGUGCCCCUCCGCGCCCUCCUACUCCCUGCUCUUCGAACGCAAGAGUACGCCGACGUGAGCGCCCGUCUAGCAAAGUCUGAGCUCGGCAUCAAGCGAUGGUUUCUCCAGGCUAUGCUUAGCAAGAUGAUGUUCGCCGCAAUACAUCUCGUACCGUCCAACUCGACGCAUUGCUCUACAAUACCAGACUUUAUACUGGCGGACGAGCCAUCGACUGGCCUCAUGGCGCGAGUCAAGGACACACUGAAGGGUAUGGAAGGCGGUCCAAGAGACAAGAAGCCACCACUUCUGCUCUGGGGCCUAACAUUAGGCGUUGUGAGUGACUUCCUGGAGCACAUCCCGCCUCACAACGCCUUGGAACUAUGGACGUAUCCUACGUUUACAAGCUGGGACGUUCGGUUUGUCAUGUGGGCCAUGUCGUAUCGGUUCAGGCAGCAGAAGUCAAAGGAGAUGAGCACGUCAAGCAUGGCGAGCAGUUCCGAUCCUGGUACUCCACCGAUACAAGACUUGCGAGGGCUGGGCAGCGAAGGAAUAGGAAGCCUCUACAACGAGAAGCCAGGCGAAGUAGGCAUCGCAGGCUUGGGCGUAGGGAGAGGGUGGGGACGGACUGGAAGAUCAAAGAUGAUUGCAAGAGGCGCGGCCGUCAAUUCCAUGUUGGGAAGGAUAUUAUCCAAUCCACUUGUUGCGAGAAUCGGCGUUGCCGCUCUUCUGGGCUUUGCGGCUUGGAAGACAUUCAAGCAGAACCGGUGGCACUGA